AUGUCGAGCGUCGGCGCGCAUCCGCUUCCACCUACGGACUCGUCGCUCACAGGGCAGCGCCCCUCUGCACACACGCAACGCUACGAUCGGCAACUCCGGCUGUGGGCGUCGUCAGGACAGAGCUCGCUGGAAAAGUCGCGCAUCCUCGUCAUCGGCGCAUCGGCACUGUCGGCACAGAUCCUCAAAAACCUCGUGCUGCCGGGCAUCGGCUCGUUUGUGCUGCUGGACGAUGCGAUCGUCGAUGCCGCCGAUAUGGGCGUCAACUUCUUCCUCCAGCCGGGCGAGAGCGAGGGCAAGUAUGCGGCGGAGGAGAUGUGCCGCCUGCUCACCGAGAUGAACUCGAGCGUCGCGUCCGAGGCCAAGCUCGAGAAUCCGAUGUCGAUGCUUCAGGCACAUCACGGCUUCUUUGCCAACUUCACCUUGGUCAUCUCGGUCAGUCAGACACACUCUUUCGACUUGGCGUUGUCAGAGCUGCUGUGGUCCUUGGAACCGCCUUCGCCCCAAGUGCCGUUGCUGCGCGUGCGCAGUGCCGGUAUGCUGGCGCACAUGCAGAUCAGCCUCAAGGAGCUCGGCAUCAUCGAGACACAUCCGGACAGCGUCGUCGAUCUGCGCAUCACGCGGCCCUUCCCAGAGCUCGUAACGCUGGCUGAACAGUUCGACCUCAAUACCACCGACACCAUGGAACACAGCCACAUCCCUUUCCCCAUCAUUCUCGUCAAAAAACUCGCCGAGUGGCAAUCCUUGAACGACGGCGCGCUGCCAAGCUCCAAAGAUCGCGACGCGUUCGUCAAGCUCAUCAACGCAUCUAGACUGGCUGGCAACGCGGAUGCCGAGAACUUUGACGAGGCGGUGGCGGCGCUCGGCAAGCAUCUUUGGCGCCCGCUCGCCUCCAAGGGUGUCGGCGGCGGUGGUGUGCCCGACGAGAUCGAGGCCGUGAUGAACGACGCAGCAUGCACCAACCUCUCGGCGUCGUCGAGCAACUUUUGGAUCCUGGUGCGUGCGCUGCGCGAGUUUGUCGCGGCCUCUCCCACCCACUCGUUGCCGCUGUCCGGCUCGAUCCCAGACAUGAAGGCGACAUCGGCGGCAUACAUCAAGCUGCAGAACACGUACCGCGGCAAGGCACUACAGGAUCUGGCCGACUUUAAGCAAAUUGUCUCGCAGACGUGUGCUGCUGCGGGAGUGGAAGGUAGCAUUGGCGACGACGAGAUCGAGGCGUUUGUCAAGCAUGCCGGCUACCUCAAGCUCAUCCGCGGCCGCAGCGAGAAGCAGCGUCACGAGGCUCCAAAUCAGGAAGCGGCCAUGAUGGCCUUCCUGGAUCCCGUCAACCCGUGCACGUUCCAACAUCACAUUGCGUUCGCUGCCGUCGACCAGUUCCGCGAGAGCCACGGCAGGUAUCCGGGCGUCGCCUACGCUGCACCACUCUCGACACCUGUGGCCAUCCCGAACGGCGACAGCCUGCCAGACGACCGCCGUGCUGCCAAGAGGCAAAAGUCGCAAACCCCCACCGGCGAGACGGACGCCAGCCACCUGGACGUCAAGAUGCGCGACGCUGCCGCCGUGGUCGACACCAAGGCGGACGAGGCCGAGCUGCUCAGCAUAGCGCGCGAGAUCGUCGCAGCCAAGUAUGGCAUUGUCGAAGAUGGCGACGAGUGGGAAAAGAUCGAGGACAGCCUCAAGGAGCUCGUGCGCUCCGGCGAUGCCAGUCUGCCGCCCACCACGGCGCUCAUGGGCGGUGUGGUGGCGCAGGAGGCCAUCAAGCUCAUCACCAAGCAGUACGUCCCCGCCGACAAUACGGUCGUCUACGACGGCAUCCAACAGGCUAUCGGUGUAUUCAAGCUUUAG